CUCGAGAAGCAUUUGAUGGUUUCAGUGAGAAUUACAUUGAAGAAGCUGCAGACAGAGGUUCAGAUCAUUCAGGUGGAACACUAGAAAGGUACGUCACAGCACAAUCGGGAGAUAGGGCAUUGAACCUAGUGAGAAGGGAUUCGUGGAGACGAGGGGACGAUGUCAUAGCUAUGAGGAAACCUGACUACGAGGCUAUUCCACACCCUGUUUCAAACCCUGUACCAAAGGACAAUAACGAAACAAGGAAAUUCGGGAAGCUUAUCGACCGCAAACGUAUCAGGGAGAAGUAUGAAGAUAUGCUCAGCAUCUCUUCAAUGGAAAACAAUCCCCCGAUUCCUACUCCUUCCAUCUCCGAUAGAUCAUUAGCUGCGAUUGAGGCCAAUGUGGCACGAGCCAGGAGACUUGGUGUCGUUGUUGGAGAUGACAUUGUUGACCGAAAGGAAGGCAUCAUUGGCCAGCUGCAUCAGAUUGGUUCGACAGAGCUAAGGGUCAUGCCAAGGAUCGCGCAAGCAAACGUUUUUUUCUACAUGAUGGCUGCUGGCGAAGACUACCAGAUCAUAAUCAACGGUCGGGGGAAAUGGAAUGAAGUCCAUUAUCAAGACUACGAGGAUGAUAAGGUGAUCAUGCGUUGGCUCAUAGACAGUCGGUCUUGUCAGUAUUGGAUCUUCAACGUGGACAAUAUAUACUGCAAGAAAUGCGUUUCAGGUUGGGAAAAGAAGGUGAGUGCCUAUCUCAAUCUCUGAAACAAGCUGACAAAAGGGAACUAGCGGAAGAUGAGCAGAUUCAGGAGCAAGGCCGGAGUACACACUCGAUGCUCUCGAAUCAAAUGCCCGCAUCAUACCAAGGC